GGGCGUAAACGCAGCUAUCUUGCCAAGUCCAAGGCUGCAUUGGGUAUAGCAAGAAAACAAGUUGUAUCAAGACCGACAUCCUACCUAGGUCGCGAGUUAGUAACGUGACCGAUAUUGUGCAGCAAACACCAUUUUAGCUAGUCUCAAUAGUAUCAGAAAGUGUUAAUUGUGUUCAUGUCCGACAUACACCGAAGUGAAGCCAGUCAAACAGUGUGAAUACUUGAUCAAAUCAUCAUAGUAUUGAGUGAGAUGCGGCAAUUGCCAUCCCAGACGAGGCAGGGACAUUCAAGAACCAAGAGUAAGAAGAGUGUUUACCUGCGUUCAGUCCAGUCAGUAUCUUCUGUCUCGACAAUUAUGACGCAGGCCAUGAGGGAUCCCCAUCGAGGGAAAGAACCCCGCCAUGCCCAAGUAAUUUCAGGUAACCACAAUCAGUUGACGAUCAUCUCAACAAGAAGCCCCGAGCACCCAACACCACGGGGUUUGUACGUCCCCGUUUGUUUCCGGCGAGGGGCGUCGAGGUUCGUUUAUGUCCGCCCGUUCGUUCAAAUCUUCCUCAUAUGUGGUGGUAGGGUGGUAGUGCUUGCAGGAGGGACAGCUUUGCGCCAGCACGCUGUAGUUCUUGAUAUGUACCUUUUAGAAAUAUUCCAUGUGCGCAAGCCACAAUAUUUUGAAGCCAUGAGAAAAGUGCUCUGGAGCAAGGAAAGUCUGCCUCGCGUUAGUCAAGACUCCGAUGAACCACGGGCGCGGACCAAAACUGCUUCGCAAAGAAUUGUGUGCUCAGGGUAGAUUAUGAUAGUGUGUAACACCACGGGGUAGGUCUGAUUUGGAUUGUUCAAUGUUGAUCAAUCAUCAUCGCAAAACAAAGGAAAGCACCUCGCGAGCUCAAGAAAAAAUUAGAACAUACCAUUGAAAUCCGAAUGCCUGCCCCGGCGCAGUCAGUGUGACCGUUCCAUGUUGGGCAGGCAGCUCAAGGUCUGUUGACCUUUGUGAGGAUGAAAGAGAAGAAGUCAACCAUAGUUGCA